AUUCCGGAGAUCGGAGAUACAAGUUUACGAUGAGCGUUGAAUGACGCCGUCAGACUGUCAGUGUUCGUUUAUUAUUUACGUGUAGUUGUUGCCUAGACUUUUGUUCGCCGCUUACUGUUUAUUUUUAAAUAUCUUUGAUUUUCGAAUUACGUGUGUGCGUUUUGUGUUUUGUUGAUUUAUUUUGGAUUUUCGUGGAUUAAACAAAUAGUUAAUAAUGCUUUAAUGGAUAUCCCGUAGUGACCCAAUGGGAGAACAUCAAUUUUAUACAUCAACAUCGAAAAUAGGAGAACACGAUAACAAGACUUCAUGAAUCUGUCAAGAUGUUGAUAUAUUCUGCUAUUAUUUUAUUAACUUUAUUAGCUACUAGUUUAGGGGUACUGGAAGGACCAAAUGUCUGCACGACGCAAGAAACGUAUACUGUGACAGUAAGAGUGUCAGAAGAACAACCUUACCAAGUCAGAGAAUACGUGUGGUGUCUCAACUUCCCUCCGAGGUGCUCAAAAUAUAAAAUUAAGUUUAAAACAGUGUACAAAAAUCAAAAUUUGGUGAAAACCAGACCUGUAGAAGACUGUUGCAAAGGGUAUACGAAAAAUAAUCUAGGCACUCGUUGCAUACCAGUUUGCUCAAAAGACUGCAUUCACGGAACUUGCGUAGCUCCCGAAACUUGCCAGUGCGAACCUGGAUACGGAGGACCUUAUUGUGAUAUUACUUGCCCUACCGGACUUUGGGGCAGAGAGUGCCAACAUAAAUGCGAAUGCCAAAAUAAUUCGACUUGCGACCCAUUCAACGGAAACUGCCAUUGUUCGAGGGGUUGGAUAGGACAACAUUGCGAAAAUAAAUGCGACAAAGAUCAUUUCGGACAAGAUUGUUUAGAGAAAUGUCGAUGCGAAAGCGGCGACUGCGAUCACGUUUCUGGAGAGUGCAAAUGUCAUCCAGGAUAUAUGGGACCAUUAUGUGACGACCUCUGUCCGAUCGGAAAACACGGUCCAGAAUGUAAAUCCGAUUGUCGGUGCCAAAACGGUGGUACGUGCGAUCCAGAAAACGGUUUUUGUUUCUGCAGGGACGGUUGGACAGGGCCGGUUUGUGCUAAUCGAUGCCGGUUUGGAUUCUGGGGUGUCAACUGUUCUCAACAGUGCGACUGUUACAACGGUGCUUCUUGUCAUCAUAUUAACGGAACAUGCGAGUGUCAACCGGGAUUUACAGGAGAUCGAUGCUUAGAUGUUUGCCCCGAAGGAACAUUCGGAAUGAAUUGCAGUGAAAAAUGUAACUGCUAUAAUGGCGCCAAAUGCUCAAACAAAAAUGGAACAUGCAUAUGUUCUAAAGGAUGGCGCGGAAAAACUUGCCAAAAGAGAACCUGUCCUGAUGGUUACUACGGGUCUUCUUGUCAGAAGAUGUGCCAGUGUAACAAAGAAAACACCGAAAUGUGUCAUCCUUGGACAGGCGAAUGCGAAUGCAAAGCAGGAUGGAACUCCAACGAUUGUACCAGACUUUGUCCCAUAUUGACUUACGGAAAAGGAUGUCACGGAAUAUGCAAUUGUAAAAACAACGCUCAGUGUUCCCCCGUUAAUGGUACGUGCAUUUGCCAACCCGGUUUUACAGGCGUAGAUUGCGCGAAUACUUGCCCGGACGGCAGCUUUGGAGAGGACUGUGCUCAGAAAUGCGAUUGCAAAAACGGAGCAAAAUGUUCGACUGAGACUGGCCAGUGUCAAUGUCCAUCCGGUUGGGAAGGACAGCAAUGUGAUAGGCCGUGCAGUAACAACUCCUUCGGCGAUCAUUGUAAUAGUAAAUGCUUAUGUAAAAACGGCGCUUCCUGUAAUCCAGUAAAUGGUAGUUGUACAUGUGGGGCUGGAUAUACUGGCGAAUUUUGCGAAAGCAAAUGCCAGCAAGGCUAUUUUGGAAUCAAUUGCGAGCAAGUUUGCCAAUGUCAAGAAGGACAUCAUGCGGGUUGUGAUCCAAUAACUGGCAAAUGUAUUUGCAAAAGUCAAUGGAAAGGUGUGCUGUGUGAGUCGAUGUGCCCGGAAGGCAAAUUCGGUACAAACUGCGAAAGGUCUUGUAACUGCCAAAAUAACAGCUCUUGUGAUCCUGAAACAGGCAUAUGUUUUUGUGCCAGAGGAUGGCAAGGAGAAGAAUGUACUACUCCAUGUGACGUUGGCUAUUAUGGUAGUGGUUGUAGACAGAGAUGUCCAGAAGUUUCUAAAGGAAAUAAGACUUGCGAUCAUAUCACUGGUGAAUACAUAUGUCCGCCCGGAUACCGUGGAUUUACAUGUGAACAUCCCUGUCCAUUUGGAAGCUAUGGAAAGAAUUGCGAACAAACUUGUUCUUGUAAAAAUGGAGGCGAUUGUCAUCAUGUCACAGGAGACUGUCAAUGUUUGCCCGGCUGGAUGGGUGCAAACUGCACGACACCGUGUCAACCUGGUAGAUUUGGAAUAAAUUGUAGCCAACAUUGUAAAUGUUUAAAUGGCGGAGAAUGCAGAAGAAACGAUGGGGUGUGUAGGUGCAAAGCUGGAUGGACGGGUACUCAAUGUCAAGAAUUAUGCCCAGAAGGAUAUUAUGGAGAUCACUGCAUGACGCCCUGCGAAUGUGAAAAUGACAAUUUCAUCUGUCAUCCAGCAGACGGAUGCAUCUGCAAACACGGUUACACCGGUGAUCAUUGUGAAGAAUCGAAUGUACUCGGUAGGGUCCGACAAAUUGAACAAGCCGAAGGCGGUUAUGGUGUUAUUGUAGCUGUCAUCAUGGUGUCUAUCAUAUUCAUCGCGAUAGUGGUGCUGCUUGUUUUCUACUACAGACGUCGUGUGUCUAACUUAAAAACGGAAAUAGCGCAUGUGCAGUACAUAGCGGAUCCAAGUGCCUUUUCUCCAGAUCGCAAUCACUUUGACAAUCCAGUUUAUUCAUAUCAAGGCAAUGGCAAACGAGACAAUGACCUUCUUUUAAACAACACUACGAAAAUUCUCAAUAAUUUGCACAAGCCGUCAAACACCAAUUUGGAGAGAGCGCGCCUGGGCGGCAUCGCCUGUUGUUCAACUGACGAUGACGACUUAGCAAAAGGUGUGUAUGAACCAAGCCUGGACGAAUUAAGAAGUUUAAAAAAUAGAGAAGCGGAUGCCACUAAUCCAAACAUUUAUCACAGUAUCGAUAAGCUAGAUCACGUAUAUGCUGAGAUUAAUCAAAAGGACGCUAAAGAUAUUGAAAUGGAAUACGACCAUUUAGACUAUACGAGACCAGUGAGCACGCUAAAACCCCACUAUCAGAGGAUGGCUAGCCCAUUUGGAUCUAGAGAUCUGUCUAAAGAUGAUAAAAAUGUGACUGAGUAGCUUCUCCGUAAAUUUUAUUUAUUGUUUUAUAUUCUUUUUUAUGGUAUUGCAACUACAAUAGAUUAAGUAAAGGAUACAUUUUUUUAUAUACAUAAAACGAAUUGAUUUUCGAAUUUUAUAAGCAGGUAACUAGUUUUAAAUAUAAACAAAUCUUUGACGAUUCUAUUAUGGGAUAAAUGGCUUGAUGGUUAAUCGGAAUCAAAAAUGCCACACACUUUUUAUUAUGGUGUGAUAUUUUUAAUUUGUCUGCCAUUUAGUCUAUGUUAUUAGAGUUUCGUUUAUAUUGAGUAUAAACUACUUUUUUAUGUAUUUAAUUUUAUUGAGUCUUCUAGAUGCAGAAUUUGUUUUAAUUAUUAGUAAUAAGCAUGUUCUCAUUAAAAAAAAAUAAUACGUUUUACAAUAUAUUUUCUGUAAUAUAUAGUGUGUCUCACAUAGGAAUGCAGAGCAUAGGAUCUCAUAAACGAUUGAAUAUUUAUAGUUGAAAGAUAUAAAAACAUCUAGGACUGUUAUCGUGUUAUUAUCGGACCCGAAUGAACCCAUCAAAUGUCGUGAUAGACAGACAAUACGUAUUUAGCUUAUACUACGACUAGUUUCGCGUUUUUUUUUUUUAAUUUCUCCCUCUUCCUGCCAUAAACCCUAUAUCAUGUGAUACAUCAAUAGAUGCGUCUCGACAAGCUGUAUAAUUCUUUUUAAGGUCUUUUUGCUUUAUCUCCUUUUCAAGCAAAGUUUUCCCGGAAGAAAAGCGUUGGGCCAAAACGUUCUUAUAAUUUACCUCGGAAAUGUGUUUGAUGUAUCGGGAAAAUUUCAAUACCAGAUUGUGAGGACUUGAUGUUUUAAAUUUUCCGAUAAAUUAGUUUGAAAAGUCGGAAAAUUUGAGAAACAAAAUACAAUUUUUUUUUAAUUUUCACCUAACAUAACUAAAAAAAAAUUUCCGGCAUGAUUCGACAGAAAAUUAUGUUUUGUAACACGUAUGUUUUUUUAUACAGGUUGUUCCAUCUCAUACCCUGUAUAAUACGGUCCUUAAAACUAAAUUUAUUAAAUGUGAGACACAUUGUAUUUAAUUCCUAUAUUUUUCCAUUAAAAAAGAACUAUUCUUUAUAUAUAUCAUAUUUAUACAUUAAUAUAAUUAUUUUACGAUUUUGUUAUUUAAAUUCUUUAUCAUUUCUUUACAAAUUUAAAACUUGUAAUCCUGAUAUUCAGGAUGUGUGUUUAUCGUGUGAUUAUUUUCUGUAUAAUGUUCAAUUAUUUAAAAAUCAUUUUUAAAAGUUUUAAUCCUUUGGUCUUUAUGGCCAGUUUCAUGUAUGUGCCAACAUUGCUAUAUUCCAAACCAUAACAGAUAAAGAAAUAACACGUUUUAAAUGAUGAACGUUAGGGUCGAAAAAAAUCUGCAGGGUCUACUGCCAUUCUUGGGUUGCACAGUGAAAACAAAAAAUAUAAUAAACUUUUAAAUAAUUAUAAAAACAGUGUAGGUACCAUUAAAUCUUCGAUAUGUUUAGUUUCGAUAUUAUAGGGUUAAGCAUACAGCUAUGUUGGCACUACUACAGUCUGUUCACUAUACUUACGCGGGUUUCGGGUUUCGAGCAUUUUCAGGUAAGUACCCGAAAAUUUGACCUGUUCUUUGGGGAAAUAUCAACUGGUUAAAUGAAAUGAAAAAUAAUGUACAACUUUUUAAUUAAAUAAUAAUGGAGAAUCUUUUGUAUAAUUGAGAGCAGAAUUAAACUUCUUCAUUAAUGGAGUCUAAUGUGGCUAUUAUAAACCUAAUAAUAAUUUUAUAUUACACUUCACACAGAAAAUAUGGUCUAUGUAUAAUAAGAGGGUUAUUUAGCUCAAAUAAAAUAUGUUCUAACAUAAAAAUUUGUUCCAUGUAGAGAAUUUCAAAUGAAAAAUAAAAAAAUUGAACUUGCCAACAAAAAUGAAGAUCAGUCAUUAUCAUCCAAAAUAUCAUAAUCGUCAUCAUCAUCACUGUCAUCACCAUUAAUUGUUAUUAUGAUUGGACUUAUUUCGUUUAUUUUAUUUUCACGAGUCCACCAAUCUUCUAUUAGUUUCUCGCACUUGGAUAUACAGUUCCGCCACACUUCUGGAGUUGCAAUUGAAAGUGCUUUUCGCAAAGUUUCCCGAACUGCGUCGUCACUAUAACCAUUAGGCCCAGUAUGGUUGUCAUAAUAUUGUUUUGUUAUUCCCCAUAUAUAUUCGAUGGGAUUAAACUGGCAAUGAUACGGUGGCGGACGUAAAACUUGAUGACCGUAACUUUCAAUAAUCUGAUCCACAACAAAGGUUUUUGGUUUUGCGUGUAUAUUUGCCAAGCGUAAUAAUUCUGAUUUUAUUAUAUAUUGAGGAAAUGGUAUAUGUUCCUUUGUCAACCAUUCUUUAAUUUUAUCAACAGUCCAAGAAUUCGUUGGACUUUUGUUUAAUACUUCAGAAUGGUAAGGUGCAUUGUCUAAAAUAAUUACGCUGGGCUCACUUAAACCUGGGAGAAGUUUUUCAUGCAUCCAUUUUACAAACAUUUCUGUGUUCAUAUUAUUGUGAUAGUCACUGGAUUUUGAUUUAAAUGAAAAUAUUAAAUCAGCACCUUAUAUAAAACCCGAUUUCCCUCCUGCAUGUAAAAUUAUGUUUCGCUUACCUUCUCCAUCGGUAUGUUUGAUGGACUUUACGUUAUCAUCUUGCCAUAUUCUCUUGGUUGCACCCCUAGAAAAUAUCCUUGUUUCGUCUAAAUAUAUAAAAUUCGCCCCUUCUUCUUUAAAUUUAGAAUAUUUUCUUAGAAAGUUAAUUCUCUUGUGCACGACAGAACUUCUUUCACAAAGGGCCUUUCUGUUAUCCUCCUUUUGAAAUUUGAAACCCAAGUUAUGUAUCACUUGUCAUAGACUUGUUCUCAAUGUCGUCAAAUUUUCUAUCUAUUAAUUCCGAGAGAAUUGUAUUUAAGGUCACAUGUUCUUUGUUGGCCCUCAUUCGAUAAAUGGCAUCACGAAUUUCAAAUUUCUUUCCAUGUGGAAUAUCUUUCGUUUUCAAUGAUGGGCAAGUUUUGCGGUGAUCUUCUUUGGGCAGUUCACUAUUGUGAUUUUGUAAUACUCCUCUUAAUUUGGUUUCACUAAUUCCUAGAGCAUCGCAUACGCGUUGUUGUACAGAUAUUACCGAUUUUAAAGGACCGCCAUUUUCUUUUUCAUCCGUAAAAUACUUAUGUACACUACAAAUUAGACUAUCUACAUCUAACACACGUCUAGGCAUUUUUAAAAUUUCCACUAAAUUUACAAUAUACAUACAAUGUCAACACUUGCAAAGAAUCAAUUCAACUGCAAUAUUUGUAACAAAUUUAGUACCUACCCUAAUGUUAUUUUAAUUUAAAUCUGACCAUUAGGGCAAUUUUACCUAAUUUCUUGGGAAGAGGCUUAUUGGAACUGGUUGUCAAUGACUAAUUUGCAUAAUUUUGUUAAUCCGAAACCCGCGUAAGUAUAGCGAACAGACUGUAGUACUCAUAUGUAUAACUAUUUCUUUUUCUAAAUAGUCUUUUUUAGGUACUUGUAUUUCAGACUCUUAAUUAUGUAAAAUAUUAUUCCUCAUGUAUUUGAGUAUUUGUGCAAUUAGGUAAUAAUAUCAAAUGCUCAAUAUCUAUUCUUCCUUAAUUUAAACUAAUUAGAUAUAAAACAGAGCUGGCCUCGCCGAUUUAUGUGACACAGCCAUUGAAUUUCUUCUUUAUUUCGACAUAAAUAUGAGAUUUAUACAUAGAAAUAUUGUGAGAUUUGAACUUGUUUUUUGCGAUAUCUUCAGUGAUUCUUAAAAUGAAUCGAACCAGCUCUGUAGAAUAAAUAAUACAUCUAUAGUUCCAUUCAAAAAUUUGAUACCCAUGGUAUUUUAUAACCUGACAGCUUUCGAUAUUUUUGUAUAACGAAAUUUUAGAUUGAUAAAUAGUAUUAAGAAUGUCGUUUGUCGUUUUUUAUACCAUAUUUAAAGUGUUGUGAUAUUGAGAACAAAAGCAAUUUAAUUGUAUUUUUUUUAAUUAUUGUAAUAUUGGUAUGUUAAGGAAUCGUGGG